AGAAUUGAUAAAUUAAAUUAAUUAAAAAACAAAAUUUUUUUUUGACACAAAUAAUACUUAUAAUAAAAUUAUUUAAAAAAAAAAAUAAAUUAAAAAAUUAAAAUAUAUACAUAAAAAAAUAAAAACACAUGUAUAUUAAUUACAAAUAUAUAAACUUACAUUAAAAAAGAAAAAAAAUAAUAUAAAAUUGGUAAUUGUUUGGCUGGUGUAAAAAAAAAAUUUAUUAAAUACAAAAUGCCAGUUAAUGGUGAUACAUCGGCUAAUGCUGAUAAAUUAAGUGGUAUUGAAGAAGAAAGUGAUUUAUAUGAAGCAUUUGCACCACAUGUUGAUACAACACAAAUAAGUGUAUUACCAGCAACACCACCAGGGAAAAAAAUUAUUUUAAAAACUUUUGCUGAAAUUCAACCCUUAAUACAGCAAGGUAGGAAACGUGAUGUUAAGCUAAUAAUUCGUGAGAAUAAUUGGCCAAUUAAUUCACCAAUUAGAUCUCAAUUAUGGCCAGCAUUAUGUAAUAAACAUCAAAGUGGUAAAAAUAUGUUAGAUGGAUUCUAUUGGGACAUGGUUAAUCAGGUAUUUGGUACAACAGAACUUCCAGAGAAGCCAAUUAUGUUACCACCAUUUGUGGAUUCAUCACAUUGCAUGCCAUAUCAUUUAACACGAAAAGGACGUUCAGUUGCUGAUCGUAUUGUAAAUGUUUUAGGUUAUGCAUGUCCUGACAUCACAUUCAGUCCAAUUUUAUAUCCAAUUACAGCUGUGUUAUUGCAUUUUAUGUCAGAGGAGGAAUGUUAUCAUUGUUUGGCUACCUUAGUUGCUUCCAAGGAAAAAGUUUUUAUUACUCAAACGAAAUUAUUACAUGAAGUUACAUGGAAAACGGUGAUGCAAAUUGCAAAAAAGCAUGCGAAAUCUGCUGUAGCUCAUCUACAACGAAUAUGUCCCGGUCAAAAAUUAGAAAGAAUUUUUAUGGAUUGGUGUUGGUGGAUAUUAGCUGGUUUACCGUUUCAACAUUUAGUACGUGUUAUGGAUUGUUAUUUUCAUGAAGGGAUCAAAGUAUUUUACCGUGUUGCAUUAGCUAUACUCAUAUUAUUCCAUAAGCAAUCAACAUCUUCAUCAAAUAAUGAAUGGAAUGCUGAAAAUAUUAAAAAUGACAUUGAUAAUGUAUUAAUUAAAUUUUGCAAAAAUAUACAAGUAUCACCUACAAAAUUAUUACGUACCGCCUUUAGUAUUAGGGCGUUAAGUUCAACGUAUAUAUCUAGAAUAUUUAUAAAGACUGAAAUGAUACUAAAAAGUAGAUCAGUUAUAAGCGGAUCAAAACAGCUAAUUAAAUCGCGUUCUAGCGAUAAUUUACCAUCAAGUCAAUCACAAGUUAAUAUUCAAAUGAUGUCGAACACAUUGACCAUUAAAGAGCGACCAGUUUUUCAUGAAACGUGUCGUAAUUUGGGUCAACAAUCUCCUGAGCAUAGAGUGCGUGCAAUGGGAGUUUAUCCCAUUCAAGCACUUCAAAGUCAAAUAUGUGAUCAGGAUGAACUCUUUACACUCUGGUCAUGGCUGCCAGUUAGAAUAACAAUGUACCAACCGGUAUUGCUUUAUACAACGGAAGAGCAUGGUUGCUCUUUAACAACAUUUUAUGUUAGAGUUGAACAACAUGAGCCAACAUUAAUGAUGAUUAAAACUUGUAAUAAUGAGGUAUUUGGAGCGUAUUGUUCGACGAGAUGGUUUGAAAGAAAUUUAAAAGACGAACGGGGUAAUAGACAGGCAUAUUUUGGUACUGGAGAAACAUUUUUAUUUUCAUUAUAUCCUGAUAGAGCAAAAUAUCCUUGGGUAGGAAUAGAAGGUGACAAAAGCUUAGGACAUUCUUCAGAAUUGUUUAUGGCUGCUGAUUCAAAAAUGAUAACAAUUGGUGGAGGGGAAGGCCAAGCUAUUUGGAUGGAUGAAAAUAUUCGUUUUGGUAAAACAGAUGCAUGUAAAACAUUUAAUAAUCCACCAUUAUGCCCGACAGGUGAUUUUGAAAUAAGAGUUCUAGAAGUAUAUGGAUUUUCGGGCGCUUAAAAUAAUUAAAUAAAAUAGAUGAAUUCGAUUAAAAAAUUUUUUUUUUUUUUGUGGAAUUUUAUGUCAAUCAAAGCAUAUUUAAAAAAAAAAAAUCAGAAUUUAACAAUUAUACUGGAUAAAGUAGUAGUAGAAAUAUUCGUAAAAAUUUUAUGCCGAAAUUACGAUUGGUGGAUGAUUUUAAAAUAGAUUGAAUAAUAUAUUGCUAUUUAAUAAUAUGUUUAUAUUAUAUGCAAUUAUAUAAUCGUACAAUGUAUUUACAUCGUUAUUAUAUUAAUAUAAUUAAUAGAAGGAUAAAAAAGCGAACAAUAAUAUUCAUGAACAUAAUAUACAAAAAAAAAAAAAAGGAAUAAUAUUUUUAUGUUUAUUUUUUUUUAUUUUUAGAAAUUAAAUUUUUAAAUUUUAAUUAACUCAAAAAUUGUGAACAAAAUAUACUAUAUAAAAUCAUUUAUUGCUUUUACAUUCAAAAUCAUUAACAAUA